AUGUGUUACGACCGCUACGUGUCCAUCUGCAAACCCCUGCACUACGGGACCCUCCUGGGCAGCAGAGCUUGUGCCCACAUGGCAGCAGCUGCCUGGGCCAGUGCCUUUCUCUACUCACUGCUGCACACAGCCAAUACAUUUUCCCUGCCCCUGUGCCAUGGCAAUGCCCUGGGCCAGUUCUUCUGCGAAAUCCCUCAGAUCCUAAAGAUCUCCUGCUCAAAUUCCUACGUUAGGGAACACUUUCCUCUUAUGGGUAGUGCUUUUCUGUUAUUUGGUUGCUUUGUGUUCAUUGUUUUCUCGUAUGUGCAGAUCUUCAGGGUCAUGGUGAGGAUCCCCUCUGAGCAGGGACGACACAAAGCUUUUUCCACCUGCCUCCCUCACCUGGCCGUGGUCUCUCUGUUUAUAAGCACCUCAUUUUCUACAUACCUGAAACCUCUCUCCAUCUCCUCCCAAUCCCUGGAUCUGUCCCUUUCAGUUCUGUACUCGGUGGUGCCUCCAACCCUGAACCCCCUCAUCUACAGCCUGAGGAACCAGGAGCUCAAGGCUGCAGUGAGGAGAAUGAUGACUGGAUGGUUUCGGAAACAUUAA